UUGGUCUGCACGCCCAGCAACUCGGCCGCCAAUGAGAUUCUGUUGCGCGUGAUCGCAGCCGGCUUGGUCGACGCCGCGGGGCCGCUGGCGUUCCGCUUCCGCAAACUGAUCAUGUUCGGCGACGCGCAGCAGCUGCCCUCGACCGUGAUCUCGCCGCGGCUGAAGGCGACCGCGUUUGAGCGCAGUCUGUUCGAGCGACUCGAGCAGCUCGGGCACCCGGUCGAAAUGCUGCGCGUGCAGUAUCGAAUGCACCCGCAGAUCUCGCACUUCCCGAACCAGCAGUUCUACGGCGGCCAGCUGCUCGACGGGCCGAACGUGGAGACUGCGGACAGCUUCCAGGGCCAGGAGGCGCGCUACGUGAUUCUGUCCACGGUGCGCGGACUCGGCACGUCGGCGGCCGAGCCGCCUGGCGCGAGCGAGUCGCGCGCGCUGCGCGAAGGGCUCGGCUUUGUCGCGGACAAGCGGCGCCUGAACGUCGCCGUUACGCGCGCGAAGGAGCUGCUGAUCGUGCUGGGC